CAUACCUUAAGAGCCCUAAUACCCGCAGGCCGCAGCCCACAAGGCACUCUGGGUAAGCAGUCUCGUGGUCAGUUGUCCGUGGGGGCGGAGACUGUGGGUCUUCUAUACGCACGCGCACAGCCACCAGCCAAUCAGCGACGCUCUCGGGCAAAGCGGCUCUGGCUUUUCUCCCGCGGGAAUUCUGAGUUGCCUCAGAGGAGCGUCGUGCUGGCCAAGCGGACCCGCACCUCAGGUGAGGGGCUGGGGCCGUGGAGGCUGGAGUGGCAGCGACACUGUCUGGAGACCUAUACCUGUGGUCUUUGGCCAUUGGGGUUUUUUUCAUGCGGGAGGAGGGGACGAUUUUUUCUAGCGCGGGCAACAGAGCCAAAGGCUUUUCUGGAUCUGUGAGAAAACAUCUAAAUAUGGUGCCCUCUGGAAGAAAACAUGCAGGGAAAUCUGGGAAGACAUCAAUGGAGGAUCAGGUUGUAAGAGCCUAUGACUUUGAGAAGGAAGAUAAAAAAGAUCUGAGUGGUUCAGACGAGGAUGUUACCGAAGGGAAGACUCCAGUAAUUGAGAAGCAUGGGAAGAAAAGGACUUCUGCAGCAGUGUUUGAAGAUAUGGGGGGUGAAGUACAAAAUAUGCUGGAAAGAUUUGGAGCUGACAUUAACAAGGCUCUUCUUGCCAAGAGAAAAAGACUAGAAUUGUAUACCAAAGCUUCUCUCAAAACUAGUAACCAGAAAAUUGAACAUGUUUGGAAAACCCAGCAAGAGCAAAGGCAGAAGCUUAACCAAGAAUAUUCUCAGCAAUUUCUGACUUUGUUUCAGCAGUGGGAUAUAGAUGUGCAGAAAGCUGAGGAACAAGAAGAAAAACUAGCUAACAUGUUUCGACAGCAACAAAAGGUUUUUCAACAAUCUAGAAUUGUUCAGAGCCAGAGACUGAAAACAAUUAGACAGUUAUAUGAGCAGUUCAUAAAGAGUAUGGAAGACUUGGAGAAGAAUCAUGAUAGUCUACUUACUGGUGCACAAAAUGAACUUAGAAAAGAAAUGGCUAUGUUGCAAAAAAAAAUUAUGAUGGAAACUCAGCAGCAAGAGAUGGCAAGUGUUCGAAAGUCUCUUCAGUCCAUGUUAUUCUGAUGACUCUUUGAAGGAAGAACUUGAACCUAAGUAAUAUGAUACAAUUACAACAUUAGCUAAGAGGCUUGUAAUUCUUUUAGAGAGGUUUAAAAAUUCUAGUUUAAAAUACAUCGUGUUAAUUGUUAGCUUAAGUGCAAGACCCUUCCUUCUGUUAACCUUCAGAUAAAGCUGAGCAGUUAUGUGAGUCCAGAUCUUUAAUAGUAAUAGUGAAUUUUUCUCUUUAACACUUGUUAAUUAACUUUUAGCA